AUGACUUUCCACGUUAUCCUUUUUUAUUUUAAUAUCUAUAAAACAGUCAUGGUCCGUUCAUCUAUCUAUCUAUCUAUUUUAUGGAAAUCUUUCUUUCUUUCAUCUUGCUUUCUUUUCACAAUUUCGUUAUAUCUAUCUAUCUAUCAGUCUCGUUAUCUAUCUCGCUAUCUUUCCUUCUUUCUUUCUUUCACAUUCUCAUUAUAUAUCUACGUAUCUAUUGUGUUUUCUUCUUUUCUCUCUAUCUUAUUCUGUAUCCCCGUUCAUAUCGACAUCACUACAGUGAUCUAUCUAUCUAUCUAUCUAUCUAUCUAUCUAUCUAUCUAUCACUUUUUAGAACCGAAUGCCAUGUUCUUUCGAAACUUUCUCGAUCUGUUCAGCUCCAUUUAUCUGUCUGUGUCUCUUCAUAUCAAUCUCUCAGUCUGUUUAUCUCGAUUUAUUCGUCUCUCACUUCCUAUUUGCCCUCCGCUUCUUCAUAUCAAUCUCCCAGACGGUUUAUCUCGAUUUAUUCGUCUCUCUCUUCCUAUUUGCCUCAGUCUUCUUCAUAUCAAUCUCCCAGUCUGUUUAUCUCGAUUUAUUCGUCUCUCUCUUCCUAUUUGUCCUCCGCUUCUUCAUAUCAAUCUCCCAGUCUGUUUAUCUCGAUUUAUUCGUCUCUCUCUUCCUAUUUCUCCUCCGCUUCUUCAUAUCAUUCUCUCAGUCUGUUCAUCUCGGUUUAUUCGUCUCUCUCUUCCUAUUUGUCCUCAACCUCUUCAUAUCAAUCUCCCAGUCUGUUUAUCUCGAUUUAUUCGUCUCUCUCUUCCUAUUUGUCCUCCGCUUCUUCAUAUCAAUCUCUCAGUCUGUUUAUCUCGGUUUAUUCGUCUCUCUCUUCCUAUUUGUCCUCCGUUUCUUCAUAUCAAUCUCUCAGUCUGUUUAUCUCGGUUUAUUCGUCUCUCUCUUCCUAUUUGUCCUCCGCUUCUUCAUAUCAAUCUCUCAGUCUGUUUUCUCGGAUUUAUUCGUCUCUCUCUUCCUAUUUGUCCCUCCGCUUCUUCAUAUCAAUCUCCCAGUCUGUUUAUCUCCCGGUUUAUUCGUCUCUCUCUUCCUAUUUGUCAUAUCAAUCUCCCUGUCUGUUUCUCUCAUCGUCUCUCUCUUCCAGUCUGUUUAUCUCAGUCGUUUUUAUCUCGGUUUAUUCGUCUCUCUCUUCCUAUUUCUCCUCCGCUUCUUCAUAUCAAUCUCCCAUUCUGUUUAUCUCGAUUUAUUCGUCUCUCUCUUCCUAUUUGUCCUCCGCUUCUUCAUAUCAAUCUCCCUGUCUGUUUAUCUCGGUUUAUUCGUCUCUCUCUUCCUAUUUGUCCUCCGCCUCUUCAUAUCAAUCUCUCAGUCUGUUUAUCUCGGUUUAUUCGUCUCUCUCUUCCUAUUUCUCCUCCGCUUCUUCAUAUCAAUCUCCCAUUCUGUUUAUCUCGAUUUAUUCGUCUCUCUCUUCCUAUUUGUCCUCCGCUUCUUCAUAUCAAUCUCCCUGUCUGUUUAUCUCGGUUUAUUCGUCUCUCUCUUCCUAUUUGUCCUCCGCUUCUUCAUAUCAAUCUCCCUGUCUGUUUCUCUCGGUUUAUUCGUCUCUCUCUUCCUAUUUGUCCUCCGCUUCUUCAUAUCAAUCUCCCAGUCUGUUUAUCUCGAUUUAUUCGUCUCUCUCUUCCUAUUUCUCCUCCGCUUCUUCAUAUCAAUCUCCCAGUCUGUUUAUCUCGGUUUAUUCGUCUCUCUUCUUCCUCCAUUUGUCCUCCUGUCGUUUUCUCGAUUUAUUCGUCAAUCUCCCUGUCUGUUUAUCUCCGGUUUAUUCGUCUCUCUCUUCCUAUUUGUCCUCCUCCCUCUUCAUAUCAAUCUCUCAGUCUGUUUAUCUCGGUUUAUUCGUCUCUCUUCCUAUUUCUCCUCCGCUUCUUCAUAUCAAUCUCCCAGUCUGUUUAUCUCGAUUUAUUCGUCUCUGUCUUCCUAUAUGUCCUCCGCUUCUUCAUAUCAAUCUCCCUGUCUGUUUAUCUCGGUUUAUUCGUCUCUCUCUUCCUAUUUGUCCUCCGCCUCUUCAAUAGUCUGUUUCUCUCAGUCUGUUUAUCUUGUCCUCCGUUUAUUCAAUCUCUCUCUCUUCCUCGAUUUAUUUGUCCUCUCCCUUCUUCUUCAUAUCAAUCUCCCAGUCUGUUUAUCUCGAUUUAUUCGUCUCUCUCCUUUAUUUGUCCUCCCUUCUUCAAUAUCAAUCUGUUUUAUCUCGAUUUCUGUCCUCUCUUUAUCUCUUCUUCAUAUUUAUCUUCAGUCUCUUUCUUCGGUUUAUUUCUCCUCUUCCUAUUUCUCCUCUUUCAUAUCAAUCUCCCAGUCUGUUUAUCUCGAUUUAUUCGUCUCUCUCUUCCUAUUUGUCCUCCCUUCUUCAUAUCAAUCUCCCAGUCUGUUUAUCUCGAUUUAUUCGUCUCUCUCUUCCUAUUUGUCCUCCACUUCUUCGGUUUUAUCAAUCUCCAGUCUGUUUAUCUCGAUUUAUUCGUCUCUCUCUUCCUAUUUCUCCUCCGCUUCUUCAUAUCAAUCUCCCAGUCUGUUUAUCUCGAUUUAUUCGUCUCUCUCUUCCUAUUUGUCCUCCGCCUCUUCAUAUCAAUCUCCCAGUCUGUUUAUCUCGAUUUAUUCGUCUCUCUCUUCCUAUUUCUCCUCCGCUUCUUCAUAUCAAUCUCCCAGUCUGUUUAUCUCGAUUUAUUCGUCUCUCUCUUCCUAUUUGUCCUCCGCUUCUUCCCUUCAGUCUUCAUAUCAAUCUCCCAGUCUGUUUAUCUCGAUUUAUUCGUCUCUCUCUUCCUAUUUGCCCUCCGCUUCUUCAUAUCAAUCUCUCAGUCUUUUUAUCUCGAUUUAUUCGUCUCUCUCUUCCUAUUUGCCCUCCGCUUCUUCAUAUCAAUCUCCCAGUCUGUUUAUCUCGAUUUAUUCGUCUCUCUCUUCCUAUUUGUCCUCCGCUUCUUCAUAUCAAUCUCCCAGACUGUUUAUCUCGAUUUAUUUGUCUCUCUCUCCCUAUUUGUCCUCCGCCUCUUCAUAUCAAUCUCUCAGUCUGUUUAUCUCGGUUUAUUCGUCUCUCUCUUCCUAUUUGUCCUCCGCUUCUUCAUAUCAAUCUCCCAGUCUGUUUAUCUCGAUUUAUUCGUCUCUCUCUUCCUAUUUGCCCUCCGCUUCUUCAUAUCAAUCUCCCAGUCUGUUUAUCUCGAUUUAUUCGUCUCUCUUCCUAUUUGUCCUCCGCUUCUUCAUAUCAAUCUCCCAGUCUGUUUAUCUCGGUUUAUUCGUCUCUCUCUUCCUAUUUGUCCUCCGUUUCUUCAUAUCAAUCUCUCAGUCUGUUUAUCUCGAUUUAUUCGUCUCUCUCUUCCUAUUUGUCCUCCGCUUCUUCAUAUCAAUCUCCCUGUCUGUUUAUCUCGAUUUAUUCGUCUCUCUCUUCCUAUUUGUCCUCCGCUUCUUCAUAUCAAUCUCCCAUCCUCGAUUUAUUUCUCCUCUUCCUCUUCCCCUCCUUCUUCAUAUCAAUCUCCCAGUCUGUUUAUCUCGAUUUUAUUCGUCUCUCUCUUCCUAUUUGUCCUCCGCUUCUUCAUAUCAAUCUCCCAGUCUGUUUAUCGAUUUAUUCGUCUCUCUCUUCCUAUUUGUCCUCCGCUUCUUCAUAUCAAUCUCUCAGUCUGUUUAUCUCGGUUUAUUCGUCUCUCUUCCUAUUUGUCCUCCUUCUUCUUCAUCAAUCUCCCAGUCUGUUUUUCGGUUUAUCUGUCUCUCUCUUCGUCUCUCUCGAUUUAUUUGUCCUCCGUUUCUUCAUAUCAAUCUCUCAGUCUGUUUUAUCUCAUUUUUAUUCGUCUCUCUCUUCCUAUUUCUCCUCCGCUUCUUCAUAUCAAUCUCCCAGUCUGUUUAUCUCGAUUUAUUCGUCUUCCUAUUUGUCCUCUUCUUCAUAUCAAUCUCCCUGUCUGUUUAUCCUCCGAUUUAUUCGUCUCUUCCCAUUUGUCCUCCGACUCUUCAUAUCAAUCUCCCAGUCUGUUUUAUCUCGGUUUAUUCGUCUCUCUCUUCCCUAUUUGUCCUCCCGCUUCUUCAUAUCAAUCUCUCAGAUCUGUUUAUCUCGGUUUAUUCGUCUCUCUCUUCCUAUUUGUCCUCAACUUCUUCAUAUCAAUCUCCCAGUCUGUUUAUCUCGAUUUAUUCGUCUCUCUCUUCCUAUUUGUCCUCCGCUUCUUCAUAUCAAUCUCCUCAGUCUUUUUAUCUCGAUUUAUUCGUCUCUCUCUUCCUAUUUGUCCUCCCUUUCUUCUCAAUCUCUCAGUCUGUUUAUCUCGAUUUAUUCGUCUCUCUCUUCCUAUUUUCCUCCGCCUUAUUCAAUCUCUCCUCUCUGUUUUUAUCGAUUUUAUUCGUCUCUGCCCUUCCUAUUUGUCCUCCGCUUCUUCAUAUCAAUCUCCCAGUCUGUUUAUCUUUGAUUUAUUCGUCUCUCUCUUCCUAUUUUCCUCCCUUCUUCAUAUCAAUCUCUCAGUCUGUUUAUCUCGAUUUAUUCGUCUCUCUCUUCCUAUUUGUCCUCCGCUUCUUCAUAUCAAUCUCCCAGUCUGUUUAUCUCGGUUUAUUCGUCUCUCUCUUCCUAUUUCUCCUCCGCUUCUUCAUAUCAAUCUCCCAGUCUGUUUAUCUCGAUUUAUUCGUCUCUCUCUUCCUAUUUGUCCUCCGCUUCUUCAUAUCAAUCUCCCAGUCUGUUUAUCUCGAUUUAUUCGUCUCUCUUCCUAUUCCUUCAUAUCUCUCCCAGUCUUCUUCAUUUAUUCAAUCUCCCAUUUGUCUGUUUAUCUCCCGUCUGUUUAUUGUUUUUAUUCGUCUCUCUUCCUAUUUGUCCUCCGCUUCUUCAUAUCAAUCUCCCAGUCUGUUUAUCUAAAUUUAUUCGUCUCUCUCUCUUCCUAUUUGCCUCCCUUCUUCAUAUCAAUCUCCCAGUCUUUUAUCUCGGAUUUAUUCGUCUCUCUCUUCCUAUUUGUCCUCCGCUUCUUCAUAUCAAUCCCUCAAUCUCCCAGUCUGUUUAUCUCGUUUAUCUCGAUUUAUUCGUCUCUCUCUCUUCCUAUUUGUCCUCCCUUCUUCAUAUCAAUCUCCCAGUCUGUUUUAUCUCGGUUUAUUCUCUCUCUUCCUAUUUGUCCUCCUUUUCUUCAUAUCAAUCUCCCAGUCUGUUUAUCUUCGAUUUAUUCGUCUCUCUCUUCCCAUUUGUCCUCCGCUUCUCUUCAUAUCAAUCUCCCAGUCUGUUUAUCUCGAUUUAUUCGUCUCUCUUCCUAUUUCUCCUCCGCUUCUUCAUAUCAAUCUCCCAGUCUGUUUAUCUCGAUUUAUUCGUCUCUCUCUUCCUAUUUGUCCUCCGCUUCUUCAUAUCAAUCUCCCAGUCUGUUUAUCUCGAUUUAUUCGUCUCUCUCUUCCUAUUUGUCCUCCGCUUCUUCAUAUCAAUCUCCCAGUCUGUUUAUCUCGAUUUAUUCGUCUCUCUCUUCCUAUUUGUCCUCCGCUUCUUCAUAUCAAUCUCCUGUCUGUCUGUUUAUUCUCGAUUUAUUUGUUCCGUCUCUCUCUGUUUUCCGGUUUUAUUUGUCCUUCCUAUUUCCCUCCGCUUCUUCAUAUCAAUCUCCCAGUCUGUUUAUCUCGAUUUAUUCGUCUCUCUCUUCCUAUUUGUCCUCCGCUUCUUCAUAUCAAUCUCCCAGUCUGUUUAUCUCUAUUUAUUCGUCUCUCUCUUCCUAUUGGUCCUCCGCCUCUUCAUAUCAAUCUCUCAGUCUGUUUAUCUCGGUUUAUUCGUCUCUGUCUUCCUAUUUCUCCUCCGCUUCUUCAUAUCAAUCUCCCAGUCUGUUUAUCUCGGAUUUAUUCGUCUCUCUCUUCCUAUUUGCCCUCCCUUCUUCAUAUCAAUCUCAGUCUUUUUAUCUCGAUUUAUUCGUCUCUCUCUUCCUAUUUGUCCUCCCUCUUCAUAUCAAUCUCCCAGUCUGUUUAUCUCGAUUUAUUCGUCUCUCUCUUCAUAUUGUCCCCGCUUCUUCAUAUCAAUCUCCCAGUCUGUUUAUCUCGAUUUAUUCGUCUCUCUCUUCCUAUUUUCUGUUUAUCUCGAUUUAUUCGUCUCUCUCUUCCUAUUUCUCCUCCGCUUCUUCAUAUCAAUCUCCCAGUCUGUUUAUCUCGAUUUAUUCGUCUCUCUCUUCCUAUUUGUCCUCCGCUUCUUCAUAUCAAUCUCCCAGUCUGUUUAUCUCGGUUUAUUCGUCUCUCUCUUGCUAUUUUCCUAUUUCUCCUCCGAUUUAUUCGUCUCUAUUCUACCUUCUUCAAUCUCCCCAGUCUGUUUAUCUCGAUUUAUUCGUCUCUCUUCUUGGUCCUCCGCUUCUUCCAUCAAUCUCUCAGUCUGUUUAUCUCGAUUUAUUCGUCUCUCUCUUCCUCUUUGUCCCCCGCCUCUUCAUAUCAAUCUCUCAGUCUGUUUAUCUCGGUUUAUUCGUCUCUCUCUUCCUAUUUGUCCUCCGUUUCUUCAUAUCAAUCUCUCAGUCUGUUUAUCUCGAUUUAUUCGUCUAUCUCUUCCUCUUUGUCCUCCUUUCUUCAUAUCAAUCUCCCCUGUCUGUUUAUCUCGGUUUAUUCGUCUCUCUCUUCCUAUUUGUCCUCCGUUUCUUCAUAUCAAUCUCUCAGUCUGUUUAUCUCGGUUUAUUCGUCUCUCUCUUCCUAUUUGUCCUCCGCUUCUUCAUAUCAAUCUCCCAGUCUGUUUAUCUCGAUUUAUUCGUCUCUCUCUUCCUAUUUGUCCUCCGCUUCUUCAUAUCAAUCUCCCUGUCUGUUUAUCUCGGUUUAUUCGUCUCUUCCUAUUUGUCCUCCGUUUCUUCAUAUAUCAAUCUCUCCCAGUCUGUUUAUCUCGAUUUAUCGUCUCUCUCUUCCUAUUUCUCCUCCCGCUUCUUCAUAUCAAUCUCCCAGUCUGUUUAUCUCGUUUAUUCAUUCUCUCUCUUCCUAUUUGUCCUCCGAUUCUUCAUAUCCAAUCUCCCAGUCUGUUUAUCUCGAUUUAUUCGUCUCUCUCUUCCUAUUUGUCCUCCGCUUCUUCAUAUCAAUCUCCCUGUCUGUUUUAUCGGUUUAUUCGUCUCUUAUUCCGCCUCUCUCAUAUCAAACUCUCAGUCUGUUUUUCUUUGUUUUAUUCGUCCCUCCUAUUUGUCCUCCCUUCUUCAUAUCAAUCUCCCAGUCUGUUUAUCUCGAUUUAUUCGUCUCUCUCUUCCUAUUUGUCCUCCGCUUCUUCAUAUCAAUCUCCCAGUCUGUUUAUCUCGAUUUAUUCGUCUCUCUUCCUAUUGGUCCUCCGCCUCUUCAUAUCAAUCUCUCAGUCUGUUUAUCUCGAUUUAUUCGUCUCUCUCUUCCUAUUUGUCCUCCGCUUCUUCAUAUCAAUCUCUCAGUCUGUUUAUCUCGGUUUAUUCGUCUCUCUCUUCCUAUUUCUCCUCCGCUUCUUCAUAUCAAUCUCCCAGUCUGUUUAUCUCGAUUUAUUCGUCUCUCUCUUCCUAUUUCUCCUCCGCUUCUUCAUAUCAAUCUCCCAGUCUGUUUAUCUCGAUUUAUUCGUCUCUCUCUUCCUAUUUGUCCUCCGCUUCUUCAUAUCAAUCUCCCAGUCUGUUUAUCUCGAUUUAUUCGUCUCUCUCUUCCCUAUUUGUCCUCCCCUCUUCAUAUCAAUCUCCCAGUCUGUUUAUCUCGAUUUAUUCGUCUCUCUCUUCCCUAUUUCUCCUCCCUUCUUCAUAUCAAUCUCCCCAGUCUGUUUAUCUCGAUUUAUUCGUCUCUCUCUUCCCUAUUUUUCCUCCGCUUCUUCAUAUCAAUCUCCCAGUCUGUUUAUCUCAGUUUAUUCGUCUCUCUCUUCCUAUUUUCCUCCUUCUUCAUAUCAAUCUCCAGUCUGUUUAUCUCGAUUUAUUCGUCUCUCUCUUCCUAUUUGUCCUCCGCUUCUUCAUAUCAAUCUCCCAGUCUGUUUAUCUCGAUUUUCGUCUCUCUCUUCCUAUUUUGUCCUCCGCUUCUUCAUAUCAAUCUCCCAGUCUGUUUAUCUCGAUUUAUUCGACCCUCUCUCUUCCUUUGUCCUCCGCCUCUUCAUAUCAAUCUCCCAGUCUGUUUAUUCGAUUUAUUCGUCUCUUUUCUUAUUUAUCCUCCCUUUUCUUAUCAAUCUCCCAUUCUGUUUUCUGUCUCUCUUCCUCUUUGUCCUCCUUCUUCAUAUCAAUCUCUCAGUCUGUUUAUCUCGAUUUAUUCGUCUCUCUCUUCCUAUUUGUCCUCCGCUUCAUAUCAAUCUCCAGUCUGUUUAUCUCGAUUUAUUCGUCUCUCUCUUCUAUUUGUCCUCCGCUUCUUCAUAUCAAUCUCCCAGUCUGUUUUAUCUCUCGGUUUAUUCGUCUCUCUCUUCCUAUUGUCCUCCGCUUCUUCUAUCAAUCUCCCAGUCUGUUUAUCUCCCGAUUUAUUCGUCUCUCUCUUCCUAUUUGUCCUCCGCUUCUUCAUAUCAAUCUCCCAGUCUGUUUUAUCUCGAUUUAUUCGUCUCUCUCUUCCUAUUGGUCCUCCGCCUCUUCAUAUCAAUCUCCCAGUCUGUUUUAUCUCGGUUUAUUCGUCUCUCUCUUCCCUAUUUGUCCUCCGCUUCUUCAUAUCAAUCUCCCAGUCUGUUUAUCUCAGUUUAUUCGUCUCUCUCUUCCUAUUUGUCCUCCGCUUCUUCAUAUCAAUCUCCAUUCUGUUUUAUCUCGAUUUAUUCGUCUCUCUCUUCCUAUUUGUCCUCCGCUUCUUCAUAUCAAUCUCCCAGUCUGUUUAUCUCGAUUUUAUUCGUCUCUCUCUUCCUAUUUCUCCUCCGCUUCUUCAUAUAAAUCUCUCAUUCUGUUUAUAUCGUUUAUUCGUCUCUCUCUUCCUAUUUGUCCUCCGCUUCUUCAUAUCAAUCUCCCUGUCUGUUUAUCUCGGUUUAUUCGUCUCUCUCUUCCCAUUUCUCCUCCGCCUCUUCAUAUCAAUCUCCUCAGUCUGUUUAUCUCGAUUUAUUCGUCUCUCUCUUCCUAUUUCUCCUCCGCUUCUUCAUAUCAAUCUCCCCGUUUAUUUCUCGAUUUAUUCGUCUCUCUCUUCCUUUUUGUCCCCACCCUCUUCAUAUCAAUCUCUCAGUCUGUUUAUUCGUCUCUCUUCCUAUUUGUCUUCAUAUCUCCCCUCUCCUUCGUCUUUCUCCCUGUUGUCCUCCCUUCUUUAUCAAUCUCCCAGUCUGUUUAUCGUCUCUCUCUUUAUUUCCUGCUUCUUCCUCAAUCUCCCGUUUAUUUGUCUAUUUGUCCUCCGCUUCUUCAUAUCAAUCUCUCAGUCUGUUUAUCUCGAUUUUAUUCGUCUCUCUCUUCCUAUUUGUCCUCCUUCUUCAUAUCAAUCUCCCAGUGUGUUUAUCUUGUUUUAUUCGUCUCUCUAUUUAUUUUGCCCUCCGCUUCUUCAUAUCAAUCCCCAGUCUGUUUAUCUCGGUUUAUUCGUCUCUAUUCCUAUUUCUCCUCCGCUUCUUCAUAUCAAUCUCCAGUCUGUUUAUCUCGAUUUAUUCGUCUCUCUCUUCCUAUUUGUCCUCCGCUUCUUCAUAUCAAUCUCCCCAGUCUGUUUAUCUCGGAUUUAUUCGUCUCUCUUCAUUUCUCCUCCGCUCUUCAUAUCAAUCUCCCAGUCUGUUUAUCUCGAUUUAUUCGUCUCUCUCUUCCUAUUUCCCUCCGCUUCUUCAUAUCAAUCUCUCCCAGUCUGUUUAUAUCGAUUUUAUUCUCUCUCUUCCCUAUUUGCCCUCCGCUUCUUCAUAUCAAUCUCCCUGUCUGUUUAUCUCGAUUUAUUCGUCUCUCUCUUCCUAAUUGUCCUCCGCUUCUUCAUAUCAAUCUCCCUCUGUUUCUUGUUUAUCUCUCUCUUUAUUGGUCCUCCCGCCUCUUCAUAUUCUCUCAGUCAUUUUUGAUUUAUUCGUCUCUCUCUUCCUCUUUGUCCCCCCGCCUCUAUCAAUCUCCCAGUCUGUUUAUCUCGAUUUAUUCCUCUCUCUUUGUCCUCUUUGUCCACCGCCUCUUCAUCAAUCUCUCAGUCUGUUUUAUCUCAGUUUAUUCGUCUCUCUCUUCUAUUUGUCCUCCCGUUUCUUCAUAUCAAUCUCAGUCUGUUUAUCUCAGUUUUAUUCGUCUCUCUCUUCCUAUUUCUCCUCCUCUUCUUCUUCAUAUCCAAUCUCCCUAUUUGUCUGUUUAUCUCAAUUUAUUCGUCUCUCUCUUCCUAUUUGUCCUCCGCUUCUUCUUAUCAAUCUCCCUGUCUGUUUAUCUCGGUUUAUCUCUCUCUCUUUUGUCCUCCGCCUCUUCUCUCCCUAUUUGUUUAUUCGUCUCUCUCUUCCUAUUUUCUUCUUCAUAUCUCUCAGUCUGUUUAUCUCGAUUUAUUCGUCUCUCUCUCUCUUCCUAUUUGUCCUCCGCUUCUUCAUAUCAAUCCCUGUCUGUUUAUCUUGGUUUAUUCGUCUCUCUCUUCCUAUUUGUCCUCCGCCUCUAUCAAUCUCCCAUUCUGUUUAUCUCGGUUUAUUCGUCUCUCCCUAUCCCUCCUUCUUGUAUCAAUCUCCCAUUCUGUUUAUUCGUCUCUCUCUUCCUAUUUCUCCUCCUUCUUCUAUCAAUCUCCCUGUCUGUUUAUCUCGGUUUUAUUUCUCUCUCUUCCUCUUUCUCCUCCGCUUCUUCAUAUCUCUCCCAGUCUGUUUAUCUCCCGUUUGUUGUCGUCUCUCUCUUCCCUAUUUCUCCUCCACUUCUUCAUAUCAAUCUCAGUCUGUUUCUCUCGAUUUAUUCGUCUCUCUCUUCCUAUUUUGUCCCUCCGCUUCUUCUUAUCAAUCUCCCAGUCUGUUUUAUCCCAUUUAUUCGUCUCUCUUCCCAUUUGUCCUCCCGCUUCUUCAUAUCAAUCUCCCUGUCUCUGUUUUAUCUCCGAUUUAUUCGUCUCUCUCUUCCUAUUUGUCCUCCUGCUUCUUUCUUAUCAAUCUCCCCAGUCUGUUUAUCUUGGUUAUUCGUCUCUCUCUUCCUAUUGGUCCUCCGCCUCUUCAUAUCAAUCUCUCAGUCUGUUUAUCUCGAUUUAUUCGUCUCUCUCUUCAUUUGUCCUUCCUUCUUUCCUCAGUCAUUUAUCCCCCGUCCUCUUCCACCGCCUCUUCCAAUCAAUCUCCCAGUCUGUUUAUCUCGGUUUAUUCGUCUCUCUCUUCCUAUUUGUCCUCCGCUUCAUAUCAAUCUCUCAGUCUGUUUUAUCUCGAUUUAUUCGUCUCUCUUCCUAUUUUUCUCCUCCCGCUCUUCAUAUCAAUCCCCCAGUCUGUUUAUCUCGAUUUAUUCGUCUCUCUCUUCCCUAUUUGUCCUCCCGCUUCUUCAUAUCAAUCUCUCAGUCUGUUUAUCUCGGUUUAUUCGUCUCUCUCUUCCUAUUUCUCCUCCGCUUCUUCAUAUCAAUCUCCCAGUCUGUUUAUCUCGAUUUAUUCGUCUCUCUCUUCCUAUUUCUCCUCCGCUUCUUCAUAUCAAUCUCCCUGUCUGUUUAUCUCGAUUUAUUCGUCUCUCUCUAUUUCCUAUUUGUCCUCAGUCUCUUCAUAUCUCUCUCCAGUUGUCUCUUCCUAUUUAG